UCGAUACCAUGAUCCCUGCCAGCCUUAUACACCAACCAAAUUUGAUUGGCCGAGUCUUAGUUCCGUCCCACUCCGUAGAAUAGACCCCGCGAGGCUGCUAAAGAUCCAGCUCAAAUUUCAAACCAUUCAACCCAGAUUAUUCCAUCAUGAGUUGCAGCUGUGUUAACUCGCAUUGGUGAACCACGACACACCUAAUCUCUUUUCUUCCUACCGGCAAACAUUCCAUGCCAUACAAUAUGGCUACGUCAAGCUCCCUAACGCUCACAAGCACAACCUUCGCCAAACUCUCCCCACACCCUUUCCUCCUCGCCAACCUCCAACCACCAGACCCAACCUCCACACCCUCCGCACGCACAAACGGACGUCAACCGCGCCAAAUCCGACCCUACAACAUCAACAUAUCCUCACUCUCCCACGCUCACGGCAGCGCCGUAGUGCGCUCCGGCGACACCACCGUCAUCUGCGGCGUGCGCGGCGAGACCCUACUCUCGAGCCAGAUUCCGAACUUCCGCGCGCUACAAGCCGACGACAACGACAAUGACGAGCUACGCGACUACGACCUACUCGUCCCGAACGUCGAGCUAGCCACAGGAUGUGCGCCCAACUUCCUCCCCGGCGUGCCCCCGACCACACUAGCACAGACGCUGAGCACGCGGCUAUUCUCGCUGCUACAUAGCUCGAAGGUGCUAAGUGCGGAGGAUUUGCGGAUAUACUACGACCCAGCUGCCAGUGCCACCACUACUACAGAAGGGGACGAAGAAAUGGAGGAAGACACGGAUGAGUUUAGCGAGGUGACGAGGGAGGUUAAGGCAUACUGGGUGCUGUAUAUCGACGUGUUGUUCAUUUCCUUCGACGGCAACCCGUUCGAUGUCGCGUGGGCGGCCAUACUAGCCGCGCUACGAGAUACGAAGCUUCCGCGCGCGUACUGGGAUGUGGAUCGCGAGAUGGUGUUGUGUGCCCGACCGACUGAGGCUAAGAAAGCGGCGUCGCUGAGUAUACGCGGCUUACCGGUAGCGUGCACGGCGGCGGUUUUUACUGCCAAGGAGAGGCAGAAGAAGGGCGGUGGGAAGUACUGGAUCCUUGUUGACCCGGAUAGGUUGGAGGAGAGCUUGUGCGAUGAGACUGUGACGAUGGUGGUUGAUGGCACGGAGGGGGAGUUGAAGAUAUUGGCGAUUUCGAAGAAUGGUGGUACGGUUGUUGGACCGGCGCUGAUGAGGGAGUUUGCUGAUGUGGCUGGAGUGCGGUGGAGGGAGUUCCGCGCUGUCUUACAAUAGAACACGAGUCACUUGAGAUACCCGAAUAAUGGAUAACGGCAAUAAUUUUACAUGGAAGAAAAGGCAUUCGCGAUUUAAGAAUGAAGACCGCUAUUAGUCUUUCUAGAAUUUCAACUAGGUAAUUACUAAUAGGUAAAACUCAGACACCAGAAUUGGCCCCUCAUUCAUUAACCAUAAGAAGCCAAUUGACUUAUCAUAAAGGCACCAUCUCUGGUGAGAGACGAUAUGUAUCAACCCUUCGAACCAUCCUAUCAGACAUUAUUCCAGGACAGUAGAUACGGGACGACGAUUUGGUCUUCCGCUCAUAAAAGCGAGUAGCCUACUGAAAGGCCACUCAUAUACCAGAAUCGCAGCGCUUCGUAAUAGUAGAACGCUGAAUACUGGCGAGCGGU